GGAUGACUCGCUCCUGCCGACGAUCGGCCCACUUCAACCAGUGGUCUUGCUCGGUGUUGGGACCACGUACCGCCCUCCCGCCCCUGAACAGGGUGUCAAUUAUGCGGAAGGUUUCGGCGCCGAUGGCCUCUGGGGCUGGCACGAGUACACGCGGCACCCCGAGCUUCUCGACCACACCGCCCCCUUCAUGGCCUGGGCUCACCUUCCGACGCGAGAACAAAAGGACCACUCAAUAUUGUACCGCCGCGCGUCCAGGCAGGACUGCGCGCCAUUUCCGGAUGAAGCUGUGGAGGGGAACGAGAAGUUCGAAGGGAGGAAAAAGCUGACGAAGCGGAAGUUGGGCAUGGGCACGACUAACGGGAUGUACAGGCUCACUGACAACCUGUACGAGGAUCUUAAGAGGCGCUAUACCACCCUACGCGAGCACUGCGACCUUGCAACGCGCCUCUUGACACUGGCAUCGAAGGAAUGCAUGGACGGUGUCAGCCCCAACAGCAUUAUACGCGUCAUCCUGGCGAAUGUGCGCGAACCCGUCCGCGAGUACCUCGACAUCGCGCACGCCUGCGAACGCCUUCGCUACGGCCGCAUCGCGGCCUUCCAGGAGUUCGAUGUUUGUUUCACUGCGUAUCAGCGGGCCCACAACGUCAUGCUUGCCUACUUUGAUUUUGCCUGCUCGAUCCUUCCCCCAUCUGUCGCGCCUGGUCUCGCAGAACUUCCCAAGCUCACGUCGAGCGAACAUCGCCGCGGAGUCGUGCUGGCGGGCGAGGACAUCAAGACCUACAUACGCUUCUUCAAGGCCCAUCACAUUCCAAUCUGGGUUUAUGCCGCGAUGGACACGAUCUUGAUCCCCGCAGGGAAACUCGCCGCCCCCGAUCCUCCUCGCUGCGACGUCUCUAGAUGUGCCAUUCUCAACAACUUCAAGCAGAGGUCGCUGCCACUGCGCUGGUAUCCCCCGCCGCCUCACUGUCUCUGGGCGAUGAUCGAGCCCAUUGGGCGUGGAUACGUCCCGCGUCCGGAUCAAGACUCUUUCGAGCUGGGGCAGGAGGCGCAGAAAAAGAAAAAGAGGUUAGAAGGGGCAUUAAAAAGAGAACAAGAAAUUCGUGAGGCCAACGAGCGGAAGCUCGAGAACCUCAAGAUGAUCUUCGGAGAUCUCGGCUCUUCCCUCGACCGUUAUCGGAAGAUGGCAGCGCGUUCGCCAGCCGCGCAACGCUAUUUCGCCAGCAAGAUCAAGCCACGACCAACUUGGGCGCCACCCAUCACCAGCAAGUACAUGGUUGCACUCGACGGUGCCAUGGGACACAUUGAUUUUCUCACACGCCCGCUCCACCACCCUAUCAUCGACACGAGGCACCCCAACUUCUACUUGGAGGCACCCAAGAUUCCGCGCGAGCGAUUGGAUGCUCUGCUCGAAGUCCAGCGCAAGGAGCUGGUGCUGAGGACGUGGGUCCCGCCGUUGUCCGUGUUCACCAAUCCCACCAAUUGGGCGAAGACUGUCGAGCUGGUCUGCAACGCCGUCACGCUCCUCCCGGUUAUGCUCCAGCGUAUCUUGGUGGCACGCUACUGUGGCGAGGUUCAGCCGCUCAGCACCGCCGAAUGGCGCGACAUUCUUAUGAUCACACACUGGAAGGGCGUUUGGCACGACCAUAACCGGGAGAAGUACAUCGAGGAGAAGUUGGCAGAGUUGAGGGGCGAGGACUGGGACGAGGCGACAGAAGCUGCGAUGCGCAAGGCGUUGAAGGGCGACAAGAUCCCGCUCGAGCCGUACAACCACGACGAGUACGACAAAUACGGCAGCGUGAAGUUCUUCGGCCGGAAGAUGACCGACAACGUCAUCGCGUCCCUCGCUCCGGAAGCCGAGCGUUGGAACUUUAGCCGAGGCGACCUGGCGUGUAAGCACCCGGCAACGAAGGAACGCCUCGUCGAAGACCCCGACCUCGUACACAACAUACUGGUCUGGUUCGAGCGGCUGGCUCUUAUGUUCUGGCUUUCGGACUUGAACUCGGAGGCACUCGCGAGGGACGGGAUCCCUGCGUCGGCGAUAGGCUGGCGCCACACGCCGGACUUCACAGCGGAGGGAGACCGGGGGCGCCCGACCGUCAAGCUCAUCAUGCAGGCCGUCCUUCGCCAUCAAGUAGUCGAUACGAACGGGUGGCCAGCCGGCGGGGAGGAAGCCGACGAUACGUUCGAGGCGCCAGAGGAUUUCAGACAUUUGGCGCAGCUACUUAUUGGCGCCGACCAUGCCCACUUCGUCGACCAGUACAUGGAGCGGGAGUUGGAUUGGUACACGGUGCAGGACUGGAAGGAUCUGAUGCACGAGGGCGGUGAACCUUUCGGCUCAGCGCCCAACGCCGAGUUCGAUGCUGUGGAAGAACAGCUACAUCUGCGUUACAUACUCACGUCCUUCGCCGCUCGGCAGUGGCCAGUGGAGAUGACCAGGCUCCCUGGGAACAACCUCGAGCAGUACAAGUGCGUGAAUUGCCGCCCUCCGCCGAAAUCCUGUGAACGGCGCGAUGACGACGUCGAUGCCGCGACGGCAUUGUCCGUCGCGUUGGGUGCUGUGCUUCCCGCCCCGCAUCCGCAUCUGGGGGAUGCUGCGCCAAAGGAUACAGGGAUGGACGUCCGGUUCGAAUACGAACCCGACUCGUUCUGGCAGAGCUACGACGGCCACCUCUCCGACGAGCCCGCUGAGAACGAAGGGCUCCCGGACUAG